AGUGCGUCCUCUGUCAGAUGGCAGUAACCCCUGGUCCACCAGCCUGGUGAAGUCCCAGAAGUCUGUCCCUCUCGCUGCCCUGUUUGCAGAACAAGCAGGAGCUGGUAAAGAUGAGGCGUUCACCCAGGAUUGUCCCGACAGCAGCUCCAAACCAAAGCAGCUCAAGUUCCCCAACCAGGUGUACAUCGAUCUACCUCUGUGGAGGGACGAGCAGCAGCCUCAGAGCCCCGGGGGGCAUUGUGGGCCUGGAGACUCUGGGGUCGGGGCAGCCGGUCAGAGUGGCCCUGCAGAAACCCAAGAUGACCCCUAUACCACCACAUCCACCUCAUCUUCUUCCACCACCCCGCAGCUCACCCCGACCAACAGUUUAAAGCGGACGUCAGCUCGCCGCAAGACUGACUCUGUGUUGUACGGCUGCGGCUCGUUGCUGGCGUCAGUCGUGCUCGGCUAUGACAUCAGGGAGGCUCUCAAAAACUCAUCGCCUGGUGAGGAUUGUGAGCCCCAACGCGAGGAGAAAGAGAAGAAGAAGAAGGAAGGCCUGUUUCAGCGUGCCACACGGUUCCGACGCAGCACCUCACCGCCAAGCGGUCGCACCCGCAAAGACGAGGUUACGUCAAACCACAUCUCCCCCCAACCUGUUAAUCUCAUCUCCAUGUCAGCCAUCAUGGAAUGCAACUCCACCAAGUGUCUCCUGCAGUCUGAGGUGCAGGUGUCAGACUCGAGCCCUGGAAAAGUUGAGCUAGUGACCGUUAAUCAUCACACAGAACCGUUAAAUGCCGGCCCAGCAGCUACAGACGGACAGGCUAACAAGACUGCAGCUAAAACACAGAAGCCAGUGCAAACCCAAAGUCAGCCGCCAGAGCCGAGCAACCAUAAUACAGGGACACGGCUACGCAGAAAGAAAUACAACAACCACAACACCAAUGGUCCACCCACUCUGCCUCCCCCCACCCCACAGAAGAAGCAGGAGAAAGAGAAGGAGGGAGCUCCAGAGAAGCCCUCCGGCAGGGAGGUGUUCUCCAGACAACGACCAGUCUCUUUCCGGGCCAAACCCCACGCCUGGGCCCUGCUGCGAGGACGCAACAAGAGCUACUCCCUGGGCCACUACUCCGGAGAGAAGACGGUACAAAACCUAAACAUGGUGCUGUCAUCGGAGGUGGGGAUGGGCUGCUCCCUGCUGGACAUGGACACAGAGGGCCAGAAACGAGACUGCACCGUGCCGCUCUGCCGCAUUCAGAGUUCCCCGGCACGGGCCUCCGUCUUCGAGCUGGAGAAGGAGUUCCUCUCUUAGAAGAAGUGAUCUGCUGUGGUCGUAGUUCCAGAACAUGCAGAAUUUUGGCCUAGAACUCCUGGAGGGUUUAGAACCAGGCUGCCUUUAAAAAAAGAAAAACAUUCUAUAACUUAGAACCAAGCUUUGUCUUAGGUCUAGAACAUAGUGAUGUCAGUGUUCAAGAGUGCAACCAAGUCUUAGGCUGUGACUCAAUUCAGGGGUCGCAUCCUUUGGAGGAUUCUGUCUAGGAAGGCUGAAGUUAAAUGUUUGAUCUAUGGAGGAUUUUUUAGUUGCGUUCUUUGCUCAACACGCUCUUAGCAAUGCAUCGUUAGCUACUUUGAGCUGCUGCAGUUCAGCCACAAGCUUGUUAGCUUCAUUAGCUUGGCUGGCCCGAGAAGGAUUCACCUGUUUGUUCCUUCGUUGCUCAGGAAAUGGAAGGAGGCAUCUGUCGGUCGUAUUUGAAAGAGCUGUUGAAUCGGGACAGCGUAGUCGCACUGCUGAGAUACGAUAGAUCUUCAAAUUCAGCCUCCGAAGGAUGCGGCCCCUGAAUUUAAGACACAGCUUGUAGAGGACAUAUGUGUCACAGGAGUUCUAGACUGUGCGCCCGUAUCUCAGUGUGAGAAAGGCCUUACACACCGCUGUGUCUCAUUCAACAUCACACACACACCUGAAACCUGAGCGGAACGUUCCAGAGCUGGACAAGCAGCUCGACUGCCACCUUCAUUAGCUCAUUUCUCUCUCCUCCUUCGUCUUUGUCUUCCUCUCUCGUUCUGUCGGUGCAGCUAAACGUUGACCGCUGCUGCAGCUUUUUCAACACAGUACCCUCACC